AGUUUCUCGAGGCAGGUGGCGGUAAAACUGGGACGAGAGAUUGCCAGUUUCAGGAUCUGCUCAGGAGACGAAACUGCUCGAGGCAGGGAGUAGGAAGCGUCCGAAGAUGAAAUCGGACAAUGAUCUCUAUUAUGUCCUCGGGUAGAUUGCUCCACAGGGCAGGAUCGAGGUCGAUUUCCAUCGAUCUGGUGACAAACGAGGUCCUCGUCGUCGUCGUGGAGACUUCUCUCGGGCCUCAGCAGACUGCAAAACUCUUCUCAAAGGUUGACACGGGCCGAUCGACCCUCAGGCAGUGAAAGAUUUGGUUCUUCGAUACCGGAAUUCUACCAGCCAAUGCAACCAAUCCUCGGACUUCGGCAUAAAGAUACAUUGUAUAUUCCACCACAUUGUUGAGCACCUACUACUGAUGAAGCGAAUUUUAAUUGAAAUUACGAACCCAGCCAUUUUUGCCGGUUUCCAGCGGCUUGUUAUGAGACGACUUGAUACGCCUUUCAUUCCAUUUCGGAACAGCAAGGGAGAUGUAUCAGCUGCCUUCAAUAUCUUUACCAUCCCUCGUUCACUGUUGAGCCAAGAAUCGCUGUGGAGCACAUAGCUGUGAUCGAAAUACAAUGAAAAUUGGUUGCAUGGACACCUUUAGAUCAACUUCUUUCCGUGCUCGCUACUGAAAGGGUACGAAUCGCACUCAAUUACGCUAUUGUAUUGCAAUUUGAAAAGCGUCCAACAUGUGUACAAGGCCAUUUAUGAGUAAAUUCGAUAAUCCUUGUAUAAAAUGAUUUCCUCGAUGAUACACAAGUUACGACUUACGCAGUAACAGAAACGACUGCUGAAGAAUUGCCUCAACAGCAGUAAGGUCAGCUAGAUCAAAUUAGCUUGAAUGUAGCAGAUUAUUGCUUGCCGAGUGCUAAGAAACUAGAAAGAAGGAGUAAAUGGAGCCACGUUGUCGAAAGAGAUUGUGGACAAUAAAUCUACCUAGAUCUACCUGUAAUAAUACUUUAGAAACUACCACACGCUUCCACCCCCACCCUUUCAAAACAAACCGGGCUACAAUAAAUACGCUGACACACAUCCGACAUGGAGUAAUUCGCUUUCGUAUCGAUCAAAGAUAAACCAAACCAGUCGUCUAUAACACAAUGGGUAAGAAAUCCCCCUAUACUGGAACAGUGAUAUUUUACGCGACAACUUCAGAGCUCUUUCAUUACGUCCCCAUACCAGAGUACAAAUUUCGUGAAUCCAGG